ACUACUAUUACUGCUACUACUACUACUACACCUUCUACUAUUGCUACAUCUACUGUUGCCUCUACUACCACAACAGGUUGUACCAGAUAAUGUUCUUAUUUCUCCAUGUGUCUGUUCUGUCUUUCAUUAUCAUCAUCUUUCAUCAUCAUCUUCUUCAUCUUCAUCUACACCACUCUAUACCACCGCAUUCUUUGCUUUUUCUUCACUAUCACCAAUACCGCAUCGAUUCUUCUCCGUUCGUAUUACCAUCAACCUCCCAUCCGUUCUUUUUCGUAUUUUCGCAUGUAACAUUCCAUACCUUUUCAUAUGUCACUCGACCCCGGCACUUUCCUUUAAAUUAUUAAAAAAUUACAAUACUUUUCGUUUAAAAUUCAUGCAAGAAAAGUUCGAAAGGAUUUACUCUUAUUCAAAAAUGAAUACAUUUAGUUCUGGCAACCGU